AUGGAGCUCAUUCAAGGUUUUAUACAACCUCCUAAGGUCCAAUCCGUUGAGGAGACAAUUCCUACGUUGUGUGACAGGGUAGAGAAUGCCACACUGAUUAAUGACAGGAGAUCAGCAGUCUUGGGACUAAAGGCCUUUGCUCGAGAAUACAGGGAAUCUGUAGUUGCAUCAGGAUUAAAACCUCUGAUCAAUACGUUAAAACGCGAUUAUGUGGACGAAAAUUCUGUUAAGGCAAUUUUAGAGACUCUUCUGAUCCUUUUCAUCAGGGGAGAUGGAGAUGAUGAUUUGACAAGAAACUGGAUCUCUCAACAAUCACGUCUACAAAAUGGUAAAUAUCCUUCACCACUUGUCAUGAAGCAAGAGAAGCAGCAGGCUGAUCAAUUCUCUCUUUGGAUUGCAGAUGCCAUCACACAAUCUGAUGAAUUGGUACAUUUAUUGAUAGAAUUAUUAGACACUGCGAAUUUCUACAUUAGAUUGUAUACAAUCCAACUACUGGAAGCUGUCGUUGCUGCUAGGCCUACAAGAUCUCGUAAUGCUAUUAUAUCGCUGCCUACUGGUGUUUCUACCUUGGUUACAUUGCUGGGCGAUAUCCAUGAACCCAUCAGAGACGAAGCCAUCUUAUUAUUAAUGGCAGUUGUCAAUGAAUCCUCGCAUGUACAAGUUUUGGUUGCAUUUGAAAAUAUUUUUGAAAGACUGUUCUCUAUUAUACAAGAAGAGGGUGGAUUAAGAGGUUCCAUUGUAGUAAACGAUUGUUUAUCAUUAAUUCACAACAUUUUAAAGUACAAUACUUCAAACCAAACCCUUUUUUUGGAGACUGGUAAUUUACCUAGGCUCGCACAAGUUCUCAAUGAACCGCUUCAAGGUGAGGAAUUCUUUUGGAAUGAGCAAAGAGUGGUCAAUAUCAAUACUGCAUUAGAUAUACUUAGCCUUACUGUGGACCCUACCAGUAGUACAACCCCGAGCAAUCAGACACUUUUGUUGGAAUCAAAUGUCUUAAUGAUUGUUCUUCGUUUAGCAUUCCAUUAUAACAUUCCAAAAGAUGUUAGACCGGUGGCCUUACUGUCUGCAUCUGAUAUGAUUAAGGGUAACGAACUAGUACAGAGCGAAUUCGGGAAGAUAGAUGUGCCUUUCUUCGACCCAUCAUUGCCCUCCACUAAACCUACCGAUCAUUUGGUAUCAAUUGUGGCGGUUCUGCUUAAUUGGACUUUUUAUACAAAUUCGGUCCAUCUUUUCUCGUUAAGAGUUGCCGCCGUUGAGCUUUUGAAGUCGUACUUGUAUGAGAACAAAGAAAUUCGAUUGGAAUUCUUAAGACAGCAAAUUGAGGAUUAUGGUAGUAAAGAAGCAACUGCUUUGAAGAGUAACCUUUUCGAAGCCAUCUUGGAUUACGAUUUGGAGCUCAAACUAAAUCCAUACAAAUUGUUUUUUGCAACAGAUUUCUUCAUGUAUCUGUUCGAGUCAGACGAUGCAGACUCUGAUGAACUCAGAGAGAUGACUCGUAAGGUUACCACUGGUGGUGGUUUUGACGAAGAGGAAAAAUUGGGUUCCAUCCAAACAAUAAGUGAAUUGGCUAUUACGUCGCUGACAUCUGAAGAUAUCAGAAUACCGAUUUCCUAUAUUACUUUCCUAAUCUUUUGGCUCUACGGUGAUCAAAAUGCUGUAAAUGACUUUCUAACUAAUCGCAGCACGAUACAGUCCCUUUUAUCCUUUUCUUACCAAGUUGAAGGAGAUGAUAUCACAGUAAAGUGUCUUGUCACUAUGCUUCUUGGUGUCUCUUACGAAUUUUCGUCAAAGCAUUCACCUUUCCCCAGGAAGCCGUACUUUGAAUAUAUCACAAAGACUUUAGGUAAGGAUAACUAUUCCUCGAGAAUUAGUCAGUUUAAGAGGGAUUCAACCUUUUCGGGAGCUCCAAAGGAGAUCAGUCUAACUCCUGAAUUUGAUGAAACCGGUCUUCCUCAGGUUUAUUUCAGUCCUUAUUUUGUGACGUUCUUCAAUGAGAACUACUACCGCAUUAAGACAGCAUUGCUGCAUAGCUGUGAAGAGGAACCAUAUACCAAAAUAUCAUAUGAGACAUUUGAAGAAUUACAAGGCCAAUGCCAUGAAUUGAAAGAGGGGAUAAAAAAAUUGGAAUCUGAUAGUAACACUUCUUUAUUAGAUCUUGAGAAGAAGUUGCAUUCUUUGAAUGAAGAACAUGAAAAACUCAACAAAGAACAUGAAGUAUUGCAAAAGGAUCAUUCUGAAGCAAGUGAACAACUCUCAAAAAUUAGACAAGAAUGUAAGGAGCUCAGGGAUACCUUGCAAGCGGUAACUAAUGAAAGGGAUAAUCUGUCAUCUGAGAAUACCAAGAAACAGAAGGCUUUAGAAACUGCUAAUCAAACGAAUACGAGUAGUGGAGAAAAGGUGAAAACUCUUGAAAAUAAGCUCAAAGGUGUUACUGCCGACAAAAAUAAGGCAGAGGAAGGUAUUAAUAAAAUGACCAGGGAAUUAAUGUCCUUGACGCGAUCCAAGGGAGAACUAGAGUCAAAGAUAAAGGACUUGCAGAAGAAAACUGAUAAGUUGACCAAUGAAUUUGGUAAGAAAGAGAAAGUGUUCGAGGGGAUCUUGGAAAAAAGAGAUCAAAACUUAGAGGCUUUGCAGGUAAACAUUAAGAAAGCUGAAGAAAGGAUAGCUUCGCUAAAUUCAGAAAAAAAUGCAUUAAUCAAGGAAUCAGGAGAAUGGAAGUCAAAGUUCCAGAGUCAUGACAAUUUGAUAUCAAAGAUGACUGAGAAAUUAAAAUCUUUUUCAGAGAGUUACAAAGAACUUCAAAACGAGCGUGACUCCUUAUCAAGGUCUUUGCAUGAAGCAAGCUCUAACUCUUCUAAUGAGUUGACAGCUCUUAAAAAUGAGUUGGCGACAUUGUCAGCUGAAAAAGUCAAGUUGAAUUCCGAAAAGCAGGAACUUCUUGAACAAGUUUCUUCUUUGAACAGUUCUUAUGAAUCUUUGUCUAAAAGACAUCAAGACGAAACCUCGGAUCUCAAUGUUGAAGUCGAAAAAUUGAAAGAGACUGUUAGUCACUUGAAAGUCCAAGUGGACGAAUUGAAAACGAGUCGAGAUCAGAUCACCGAAAAUGCUAACAAUCUGCAGGAGCAAUGUAAGAUCUUCGAGGGGCAAAUUGAAAAUCAAGAGGCAGAAAAGAAAGAGGCAGAAAAGCGUUAUAUGGAAUUGAAACAAAAUUUUCAAGUCUCUACUACAGACCUUGAAAAGCUGGCUAAGGAGAAGCAGGAGCUGAAUGAUGCAAAAGGCUCAAAUGAAAAGGAACUAAAUAAGCUCAAGAAGGACCUGGAGGGCAAGGAGCAAAAGCUUAAAUCGAUAACGGAACGUGCUCAAGAGUUAGAAAAAACGCUAGAUGAACAGCGGAACUCCAAUGCUGAUUCUGAGCGUAAACUCAAGGAGAAUAUAAAGGCUUUAGAACACCAAAAAAAGGAAGCCAUCUCGAAUAGUAAGGAAUUGGAGAAUGAAUUGGACCAACUAAAGAACAAGCACAAAUCUCUAGACGAACAAAAUACGAAGUCGGUAGAAGAACUAAAGACAAGAGUUCUCGAGGUUGAAAAGGAACGUGAUGAAAAGCACAAUAAUGUGCAGAAAAUCGAGAAUAAACUGCAAGAGGAAUCUAAAUCUCUCGAAAGUCUUCAAAAAUCCCAAGAGAGCAAUAAAAGUAAGCUCAAAGUGUUACAAGAUAAACUUGACUCUCUUUUGCAGGAGAAGAAUGAUCUAGUUUCUGAAAAGAACAAUUUAAAGGAAAACUUUGCUAAGGUGAAAGAAGAUUUUGAGGAAAGUCAAAGGAAAAUUCAUGGCUUAAAGGAAUCUGAGAAGAAGAAAAACCAUGAACUACAUGAACUGCAAAAAAAAUUCAAAGGUGAAUUAGAUGUCAAACAAAAGCAGAUUGCUGACCUUGAGAGGUCCCGGGAAGAAGUGGAUAAGAAUUUGAAAAAUCUUCAGGUGGAUGUUAAGAAUGUUUCCGAAGAGAACAAGAAAGUGAUUGAGAAAUUGGAGAAGGAGAAAGAAGCUCUGUCUCUGGAGUUAAAUAAAUUACGAAAGAGCUCUAAAGAGAAUUUAGAUGAUAGAGAUAAAAAAAUUAAAGACUUAGAAGGUAAGGAAACGAAAUUAUCUUCGGAGCUUAAUCAAUUGACCAACAAAUUCAAAGAAGAUUCAAAGAAAAAUCAGGAAAAUAUUCAGCAUUUGGAAGAGGAGAAGAAAAUAAUUACUGACCAAAGAGCAGAGCUGCAGAAGAAUUCGAAGAUGGAUCUUGAAAAAAAGGAAAAGAAGAUAAGAGAUUUGGAAAACUCAGUAAAGAGAAUAUCUUCUGAACUUUCAAAAUUGCAGAAGAGUUCUCAAAAUGAUAAAGAAGAGGUAGAAAGUGUGAAGAAAGAUCUACAAGAAAAGGUUCAAGCAUUCGAAAAGGAGAGAAAGCUACUCAAUGAAGGCUCAGAUGCUGUAACGAAACAAUACUCAGAAAGAAUUACAGUAUUGGAGGACAAGGUACAUCAAACAGAGCUAGAAGUUCAAAGAAAGAAUAAAGAGUUGGAAAGUGCUAAGUCAGCCGCCGAUGAAGCAAGUGGAGAGUUAAGAAAUCAAUUAGAGGAAAAGGUUGUCGAGGUAUCAUCUUUGAAAUCUACCAUCGGUGAACAAGAAAAGGCAAUUAAGAAACUGGAAUCAGACCUGACAGAUUCUAGGGAAUCUGGGAAUAAAAAGAUCGAGGAUUUGAAUGGAGAACUAGAAGCACUCAAAAAGGCUUUAUCUGAUAAACAAGCUGAGAUCGAAGCAAAUAAGAGUGACUUAAACAAAAGAGCUGGAGAAAGAAAAGAGCUAGAAGAUACCAUUGCUACCUUGCAGAAGAAGGUUGAAAAUUCAUCGAAGGCUCUGCAGCAGUUGGAAAAUAGUACCGAUUCUUCUAAAAAAAAUCAGGAGAAUUUGAUUAAAGAAAAGGAUACGAAUAUUGAAAAGCUUGAAGUAGCCGCUAAAGACUUGAGGAAGAAAGAUGAGGACAAAUCGAAGCAACUGGCGGCCCUUGAAUCAGAAAAAAGUUCAAUGAAAGAGAAUCUCGAGAAAAACGUCAAAGAAAAGGAUGAAAGUAUUGCUCAGUUCAAGUCUCAAGUUGCGGAUAUGGAAAGCUUAAAGAAGGAACUUGAUGAAAAUACAAACAAGCUCGAAAGAAUGAAAUUUGAGGAAAAAUCUCGGAUUGAAAAAUUAACUGAAAUAACUGAAGAAAAGAAGAAAAUUCAGAAAGAACUGGAAAAAAGAUCGGAAGAUGCUCAAAAUUCUCGAACAGAGCUAGAACAGAAAACUGAUGAAUUGAAGAGGUACGAAGCUGAGAAGAAACUAACAAUUGGGAAAUUGGAAAAACUUUUGAGCGAAAAAGAGCGAAUUAUAGCCAAAUUUGAAGCAGAAAUAGCUGACCUUUCGAAAUCAAAUAAAGAUCUUAAAACGGAACUUGAGCAGCAUUCUAAAAAAUUGAGCAAUAGCUCCUCAAUUGAAGAGAAAAACCAGGAAUUGAAAUCUGAAUUGAAAACUUUGAAGAAAGAUUCAGAUGCUCUCAAAGCGGAUCUGGAAGAGGUAAGAGGUUCAAUUAAUAAACACGAAGAAGCUAGACGUUUGAGCAUGGAAGGAAAGCAUUCUUUGGAAUCUGAGCUGGAACAAGCAUAUAAGCGUUUGCAAUCUUCGAAUACCUUAAUAGAAGAAAAGCAAAAGGAAUUCGAAGAAAAGGAGAAACGCAUGAAGAAAGAGUCCGAACAAUUGAAAUCUGAGUUGGAUAAACUGAGACUUGAAGCUUCAGAGCCGAAAAAAGAAAAUGGAAAGGAAACGAAUAAUACAAAUGAAGGUAGUUCCGAAAUUGAUGAUUUAAUGCUUUUGGUUUCGGAUUUGGAUGAGAAAAACGCCAAGUACAGAGCUAAGUUAAAAGAAUUAGGAGUCGAAUUAAGCUCCGAUGAUGAUGAGGAUGAGGAUGAAGAAAAUGAUGAUGAUGGUGACGGUGAGGAAAAGUGA